CUGAAGAAAGUGUUGUCAUCAGUUUUUUUUGCCUCCACAAAAUGGUAGGAUUUCACUCCUUUUCAGAAGUGAUAAAAGAAUAUUCUUGACUUUUUUCCAAGUGUUGAAAUUCAAUGAACACAGCAAUGGCAGGUGCUCAGCAGGUCUUCGAGACGCAGCCCCAGCAGGCCAAGUUUGUCUACAUAUCCGAUCGCCAUCCCAAAGACACUCUUGAAAUGACGAACAUUCUUCGCAAGCAGCGAGAACUCUGUGAUGUCGUCAUCAAUGUCAACGACAAAAAGAUAUAUGCACACAGGAUAAUCCUGUCAGCCUGCAGCCCUUACUUCCGCGCCAUGUUUACCGGGGAGCUUGCCGAGAGCCGACAGACCGAGGUGGCCAUCAGGGAUAUCGAUGAGCGUGCAAUGGAAGCAUUGGUGGACUUUGCCUACACGUCCACAGUGACUGUCGAAGAGAGCAAUGUACAGACUCUACUUCCGGCAGCUUGUCUUCUACAGCUGUCUGAAAUCCAGGAAGCCUGUUGCGAGUUUCUUAAAAGGCAGCUUGACCCUUCAAACUGCCUUGGAAUCAGGGCGUUCGCAGACACUCAUGCAUGCAGAGAUUUGCUCAGAGUUGCUGAUAAGUUCACCCAACAUAAAUUUUUGCAGGUCAUGGAAAGCGAGGAGUUUAUGCUUCUUCCAGUCAAUCAACUCAUGGAGAUCAUCUCAAGUGAUGAAUUGAAUGUACACAGUGAAGAACAGGUUUAUAAUGCAAUCAUCUCGUGGGUUAAAUACAACAUUCCAGAAAGACGAGCACAUUUAGCAGAGGUGUUACAACAUGUGAGACUCCCUUUAUUAAACCCCAAGUUCCUAGUAGGAACCGUUAGCUCAGAUCUUCUAAUACGGAGUGAUGAGGCCUGUAGGGACCUGGUGGACGAGGCCAAGAAUUACUUGCUCUUACCCCAGGAGAGACCACUAAUGCAAGGUCCGAGGACCAGGCCUAGGAAACCUAUCAGAUGUGGAGAAGUACUCUUUGCAGUUGGAGGGUGGUGCAGCGGUGAUGCUAUCUCCAGCGUGGAAAGGUUUGACCCUCAAAGCGGUGAAUGGAGGAUGGUAGCUCCGAUGUGUAAGAGACGCUGUGGGGUAGGCAUCGCUGUCUUAGAUGAUCUACUUUAUGCUGUCGGAGGUCACGAUGGGUCAUCGUAUCUAAAUAGUAUAGAAAGAUAUGACCCACAGACAAACCAAUGGAGCAGUGAUGUAGCACCAACCAGCACCUGUAGGACGAGCGUGGGCGUGGCAGUCUUAGAUGGUUACAUGUAUGCAGUCGGAGGUCAAGAUGGUGUGUCGUGUCUAAAUAUUGUAGAAAGGUAUGAACCCCAUGCGAAUCGAUGGACAAGAGUAGCUUCUAUGAGUACCAGGAGACUAGGUGUGGCUGUAGCUGUCCUUGGGGGCUUCCUCUAUGCUGUAGGUGGAUCAGAUGGCACAUCGCCUCUCAAUACAGUUGAAAAGUACGAUCCACGAACCAACAAGUGGACCCCAGUGGCCCCCAUGGGUACGAAGCGAAAGCACCUGGGAUGCGCAGUCUACAAUGAUAUGCUGUAUGCCGUUGGCGGGAGAGACGAACAGACUGAGUUGAGCAGUGCGGAGAGAUAUGAUCCUCUGACGAAUACAUGGAAGCCUAUAGUGGCUAUGAACUCGAGGAGGAGCGGGGUUGGUCUGGCGGUAGUGAACGGUAGGCUGAUGGCUGUGGGCGGGUUUGACGGGACUACGUACCUCAAGACAGUUGAAGUCUACGACCCGGACACCAAGUCGUGGCGUAUGUGCGGUAGCAUGAACUAUCGUCGAUUAGGCGGCGGCGUCGGGGUCGUCAAACUUCCCCAAUCGGAAUCCAACGUAUGGUAGCACUGAAACUCCUUGUGAUCUUGUUGUCUAUCCAAACGUGUGUUAUGUAGGUAAAGUCUGUGAACGUUAGUGCAGUAUUACAGAUCAUAGGAAUCUCGGAAAGCGUCUACCUGGAAGCAAAUUUCUUGCAACGGCCUUAAGGAUAUUUUUGCCGAGGUCCUUCCAUCAUUACUCUGAAACGAGGAACGAACAUUUGUGAAACAAACUAUCAAUUGCAAAUUUCUUAUUAAUUGCAAGACGUGAUUGAUUUAGGGACCUAAAAUUGACUUGUGAUUUCUUGCAAUGCUCCUUUGUAUAGUUUGUAUGGAUUUUUCAGUCAUUACACUGGUGCAAGGAGGGAACGCAACGAUCAAUUGCAAAUUCUUAUGGAUUGCAAGACUUGUGAUUACAGUUAUUGAUUGCAAGUUUCAUGUAAUCCCCCAACAAUAGUAUGACUAUUCCAGCCAUCAUUAUACAAGAGCAAGAAGGGAAAUAUAUGAAACAAACUGCAUGCUACUUAAGAUGUCAGUGGCGUAUAGUCAUGCAGUGUAGCUGUUUUCCAAGCAAUCAAGUUUGAAGAUCUUUAUGAAUAUCAGGUUAAUAGAAGCACGUGCGUGUUUAUGUACCUCCCCAAACUUGUUAAGGUACCAACAUUUAUUUUCUAUGUACAGGGUUUAUCAAUAAGAAGGAAACCCAACUUUCAUGAUUGAUAGUGAGCAAAUUAUCAAAUUGAUAAUUAUGAAAACUUAUAUGUGAUCAUGGAGAAGUGUGACAUGUCAGCAUUCAAAUGAUACCAGAAUUAGGUUUCUUUGGAUGUGUAGCACUGAGCACCAUCGUUCAAAAGAGUAGUGCAAAAUAGCAGAUGGUUUCCUUUAACUGCACAUUGAACAAGUAUAUUGUGAGCAUUCAUUGAUGCAUGGCUCUAGAAGCAUUAUUAAUGUUCCAAUUGGAAUGCUGAUAGAAUGCACUUUAGAAAACAGGAUUUUUAUUUUUUACUUUUUAUAUUUCUCAGGAAAAGAUAUGAAAGUUGGGUUUCCUUUUUUCUGUUUCACCCAAUAGAGUAGCAGCUAGCAUUCUUUAGCUCACUUGAACAUUUUAAAAAGCACAUAAUUCUUUUGACACAUCAAAAGCACACAACAAUAUAGGUUCUCUGAACCAUAUGUAUCUAUUCUUGGGUUUUUGAGUGUCAGAAUUAGACUGAUAGUGCUAGCUGGUACUGUAUCAUUAACAUCAAAUGAGCAUAGAUUUAAAAUAAAAAAAUCAGAAAGUAUUAGUUUUUAUGGAAGAAGAGAAACAAAAACUGUACAUUGCAAACCAUGUACAUACAUGUAGAAAUUUAAAAGAGGAAUUUAUGUGUAAAUAUUGUGAAUAGAUCACUGGAAAAUCACAUGUAUUCAUUAUCUUCGUA